UGGAGUGGUGAAGAUUCCUCUAGUGAGCCUGUUCCAGCUCAUUCCUUAGCACGGCUGUGGAUGGAAGAUCAGAGAGGAGGCCACAAGAUCUGGGUUUUGUCCAGGGGUCUCUGGGUUUAAAGCUCUCUACAACCACUUGAGCUCAUUUUCUCCUGGGACUUGCUUGGGUAUAACUUCUUCCUUUUGCCCAAGCUGUUAAAAACAUCCAACUUCACUCUUGGAAUUCUUUCAGUUGUGUGACAGAUCCAACCUCUCCUUGAGCAAAAAUGGAAGCUAUCAAGAAAAAGAUGCAGAUGCUGAAGCUGGACAAGGAGAAUGCCAUAGACAGAGCGGAGCAGGCUGAGACAGAUAAGAAGGCAGCUGAGGAUAAAUGCAAGCAGGUAGAGGAUGAGCUGGUAGCUCUUCAGAAGAAGUUGAAAGGAACUGAAGAUGAGCUGGACAAGUACUCAGAGGCUCUCAAAGACGCCCAGGAGAAACUGGAGCAGGCAGAGAAGAAAGCCACUGAUGUAUGUACCCACAGCUAACACUUGCUGUA